AUGUCCGGUAUUGGAUCAUCGGCAUUGAGGCAGGCAUCCCGCCUGACCUCCAAGAAAACAUCAUUAUCAGCCUCCCUGCGAAGGGCGUCACGGACUCCCCAGGUGGCGACAGCUCUCCCACAGGCGACUGCAGCACCAAGGCGAUGCUAUGUCACCGAAUCUAAGAGAGACAAUGCACAGGUGGCAGAGCCCAAGAUUGAGACUGCCAUACGGCUGGACAAGUCGGCCCUGCAGAACUCAGGACUGGCGAUGAGCGGGCAGCAGGAUGGGAACAUGCUCGUCAGUCCCAUGGCAGAGGUCCUGAAGGAAGCCACAUUGAUGGAUGAGGGUCAACGGCCGAUAUAUCUCGACAUGCAAGCCACCACGCCGGUUGACCCCCGUGUGCUCGAUGCGAUGCUCCCUUUCUAUGUCAACGUAUUCGGUAACCCACACUCCCGAACACACGCCUACGGCUGGGAGAGCGAGAAGGCAGUCGAGGAUGCGCGAGGGCACAUCGCAAAGCUCAUUGGUGCCGACCCCAAGGAGAUCAUCUUCACCAGCGGCGCCACCGAGAGUAAUAACAUGAGCAUCAAGGGAGUGGCAAGGUUCUUCGGCCGGUCUGGCAAGAAGAAGCACAUCAUCACCACACAGACCGAGCACAAGUGCGUGCUGGACAGCUGCAGGCAUCUGCAGGACGAGGGCUUCGAGGUCACCUACCUGCCAGUCAUGGACAACGGUCUGGUCAACAUGGAUGAGCUCAAGGCCGCCAUCAGGCCCGAGACGGCACUUGUUAGCAUCAUGACUGUCAACAACGAGAUCGGGGUCAUCCAGCCAGUCGCGGAGAUCGGCAAGCUCUGCCGGGAGAACAAGGUCUUCUUCCACACCGAUGCCGCGCAGGCCGUCGGCAAGAUCCCGCUCGAUGUCAACGCCAUGAACAUUGACUUGAUGUCCAUUUCGUCGCACAAGAUAUAUGGGCCCAAGGGCAUUGGGGCCUGUUACGUCCGGAGACGGCCUCGUGUCAGAAUCGACCCUAUCAUCAGCGGUGGUGGUCAGGAGAGAGGACUGAGGAGCGGUACCCUGGCGCCGCCGUUGGUCGUCGGCUUCGGAGAGGCGUGCCGUAUCGCCUACGAAGAGAUGUCGUAUGACACGAAGCGCAUCAAGUACCUCUCAGACAAGCUGCUCAAGGGCCUCCUCGCCAUGGAGCACACCAGCCAGAACGGCGACGCGAACCAAUUCUACCCUGGCUGCGUCAACGUGUCUUUCGCCUACGUCGAGGGCGAGUCGCUCCUCAUGGCCCUGAAGGACAUCGCCCUCUCAUCCGGCAGCGCGUGCACAUCGGCGUCGCUGGAGCCCAGCUACGUCCUGAGGGCGCUCGGCAACAGCGACGAGAGCGCGCACUCGAGCAUCCGGUUCGGCAUCGGGCGGUUCACGACAGAGCGCGAGAUCGACUACGUGCUCAAGGCGGUGCAGGAGCGGGUGACCUUCCUGCGCGAGCUAAGCCCGCUCUGGGAGCUGGUGCAGGAGGGUGUCGACCUCAACACCAUCCAGUGGAGCCAGCAUUAA